AUGCCCCCAAGGGCAAACGAAACAACAACCACCCCACCGCGCCCAACCCGCCGAUUCGACCGGGCCAGCGGCCAAGUUUUCGCCCAAAGGACGAUCAAGCCCACCGCGUCGAGCCUCCAUGGGCCAGCCUGGGUCCACGAGUCGCCCUUCCUACGACAUUGCUGGGACCGGGGCGGUGAGCGCGGCGCGGCGUCGUUGAAACACGCUGCGAUGCGGCAGACACUGUCUGAUCAGCGGAGUCUGUCGGUGGAGUUGUUUGCUUGUGUGCCGUGGAGGGUGGGUGCUUAUUUAUGGGGGUGUCUUGGGGAGGCGGAUAAGAAAACACUACACAUGUGGAAACUACUCUCUACAGCCUACCCCACCGAGUUCAGGGACAUCGCACCACACUACCGGAUGAAAGUCGAGAGUCCAAAGCUAACAAUGAGACAGUACCUCGAUCUAGUGAAGAGCGACAACGAUCCCAGCUGGGAUGUUGUGCUGACCGUGUGCGGGGCGCGCGCACGGGUCCCGGAGAUGGUGGAGAUGGCGCACGUGAAGAAUCUAGCAGCGCUGGAGAUCGACAGCCUCGAGCGUGAGCAUGGGGAAUCGGAACUGGAGACGCCCGUGGCGAGGCUGAAUGACCGCAUUGUGCGCACGUGGAGCGAGCUGGUGCGUGGGUCGGGGGCGUUUGCGCGGCUGCGCGUGCUGCGGCUGCAGCAUCAGGGGGAGUUGACGGGUGUGGCGUUGCGGUAUUUGAGAGGGUUUCCGGUGUUGCGAAUGGUGGUGCUGUAUGAUUGUCCUGGGGUGGUGGAUUCGUCUGGGGGGAGGGGUGGUGAUAGGGGACGGGUGGUGGUGGAUGGGUGGGUGGUGUCGAGAACGGAGUGGACGAAGGACUGGCCGUCUGAGCUGUGGGAGACGUAUGUGGAGAGCUUUGAAGAUGAGAAGGAGAUGUCUGGUUUGCAAGGCUUGGAAUUCCAGGUUGGACAACGCCAGGAGAAGCCACGGCGCCUGCGCAAGCAGGUGGUGUGUUUACAGCGUGCGACGGACACGGAAGCAGCCGAAACCGUCAAACCCGCCAAAAGAUCCCCAGAGACGCCAGCGAGCGGAUCGGAGAAGCGCCGGCGGGGGGUGAUGAAGGAGCGUAAGGGCCCAGAUCUAGGGGGGAUGUUAGCCGAUUUAGGUUGGUAAGAUUUUGCCAGGUUAUCAUUAUGGUAAUUAUAAUGAAGUAUGAUAAUGGAAAUGCGGGACAGAUCCGCGGUGAUGUCACCUGCAGAGAUGCUGCAGCUUGUCA